GUCUUCACUUUAAAGGAAACUAGCUUUGCAGCCAUGGCCUCUUUCAAACUGGACUUUCUUCCUGAGAUGAUGGUGGACCACUGCUCUCUAAAUUCUAGUCCUGUUGGGAAGAAAAUGAACGGAUCCUUAGACCAUCCUGACCAACCAGAUAUUGACGCCAUCAAGAUGUUUGUGGGCCAGAUUCCACGUUCUUGGACUGAGGAACAGCUUCGUGAGUUGUUUGAGCCUUAUGGAGCGGUCUAUGAGAUUAACGUCCUCAGAGACCGCAGCCAGAAUCCACCACAGAGCAAAGGUUGUUGUUUUGUUACGUACUACACUCGUAAAUCAGCACUGGAAGCACAAAAUGCACUGCACAACAUGAAGAUUCUCCCAGGGAUGCACCACCCUAUUCAGAUGAAGCCUGCUGACAGUGAGAAAAACAAUGCAGUGGAAGACAGGAAGCUUUUUAUUGGAAUGAUCUCCAAGAAGUGUAACGAGAAUGACAUUCGCCUGAUGUUCUCACCGUACGGCCAGAUAGAGGAGUGCCGGAUACUUAGAGGCCCCGAUGGAGUCAGCCGUGGUUGUGCAUUUGUGACCUUCACAGCAAGACAAAUGGCCCAGUCUGCGAUCAGGUCUAUGCACCAGUCCCAGAGCAUGGAGGGCUGUUCAUCUCCCAUUGUGGUGAAGUUCGCAGACACCCAGAAGGACAAGGAGCAGAAGCGCAUGGCCCAGCAGCUGCAGCAACAGAUGCAGCAAUUCAGUGCUGUUUCAAUGUGGGGGAACCUUACUGGACUCAACAGCCUGGGGUCACAGUAUCUCGCACUUUAUUUACAGUUGCUGCAACAGUCAGCCUCUACAGGAAAUUCCAUCAGCAACCUGCAUCCUGUAUCAGGUCUAAAUGCCAUCCAGAACCUUGCUGCCUUAGCUGCAGUGGCCACGGCCACACAGGCCACACCCAGUGGGUCCAGUGCUAUGACGACAUGUAGUAGCCCUCUAAAUGCACUAAGCAGCUCAGCCUCCUCUCCAACCUCAGGCAGCAACUCCUCAGUCAACCCCAUAGCUUCACUUGGAGCUCUGCAAUCAAUGGCUGCAGGUGGUGGAGCUGGACUUAACAUGAGCUCUUUGGCAGGCAUGGCAGCACUGAAUGGCAGCAUUGGCACUGGCGGCCUGUCUAAUGGCUCAGGAAGUACCAUGGAAGCUCUCAGCCAGGCCUACUCGGGCAUCCAGCAGUACGCCGCUGCCCUUCCUAGUUUGUACAAUCAAAGUCUGAUGUCCCAGCAGAGCAUCUCAGCAGCAGGCAGCCAGAAGGAAGGUCCAGAGGGUGCCAACUUGUUCAUUUACCACCUGCCGCAGGAGUUUGGAGACCAGGACCUUCUUCAGAUGUUCAUGCCCUUUGGAAACAUCAUAUCUGCGAAAGUCUUCAUCGACAAACAUACAAAUCUGAGCAAGUGCUUUGGCUUUGUGAGUUACGACAACCCCGUGUCAUCACAGGCAGCCAUUCAGUCAAUGAACGGUUUUCAGAUCGGCAUGAAAAGGCUGAAGGUGCAACUAAAGCGUUCAAAGAACGAAAGCAAGCCCUACUGAAGGUGCAGAUGACUGAUGGAUGUGGUUGUGAAGAGUGGGUUUCUGAUCUCUUCCUGUUUGCAUGUUGAUGUGGCAUCACACCUCAUCAUCCAGUCCUUGUCUUCUGCCGUCUCUGAUGCUUCCAGUUUCAUCUGUGAGCUUGUCUUAGACAUCAAUCAUGAGCGAGUUUUCGUUUUGUUGUUUGCCACACCUAGUCGCUAGAAGGACUGCCUUUGAAGAUGGUCGAAAGUUGUCGUAGAAUUGUUACAACCAAAAACAAGAGAAUCUAUUUUUCUACAAAGAACAGCAGGACUUUUGCUGUUGGGUUUUGCGAUCUUUUCUGCUGUAACUCGAUGUAUUUGCAGAUGUGGCGUCGCGGUGCAGUCCUCCCAGUGAACUCUGGUUUUGUUGUGGUUUUUGUGUGAAGACAUCUAAUCCAUCUCAUUGCUGCAUGCGUGAGUGCAGGCGUGUGUGUGUCUUGUGGAUUUUAAUUUUUUGACAAAAAAGUAUGUUAAAAGGGGAAAAAAACUUGCAAGCAAGUUAGUAAAUAAAUUUUGCUGAAUGACAUUUUUAAUUUUUUUUUAAAUGAACACACAUGAGUCUUAGGGUUGUUGAAAUCACAAUUUGAGUGGAUUUUGUUCUUGUUUAUUAUUAUUAUUAUUAUUUGUUAUUCCUGACUGUUGACUCACUUCUACACAUGUUGCUGUACACAGAGAAUCAGAUUGAAAAAUAUUUAAAGUACACAGUAGCCACAGCACGGACCUUUUUUGGGGGGGGGGGACAGUAUACUGUAUUUAAUUUUUGCACUUUUUUUUUUACAUCAGUACUAAGAUUUCUGGCCGCAAGUGACCUAAUUUUUGUUGAUCCAAGUUAGUGAUAAAAUGGUGCCAAAUAUUUUUGCACAAUCACUGUUUUUCUUGUUUGCGUUCUCUUGGUGUGACUGUUACAAUACAAAUGAGUUUCAGGAUUGUGGCAUCAUGAUGUUCAGCAACUUUUAACUGGAACACUGACUCAGGCUUCAUGUCAAAAUACAAUGUUGCCUCAUUAAAGUUUUUUUAAAUAGUGUAAACCAUAGAUGUAUAUGCAGUGAUAUAAAACGCACAUUACCUACUUUGUUCUGGUAGUGUGUGUG